CUUAAAGCCUGAAACAACCUGGAAGGUAUGUCCGAAAGCAGCGAAGGAAGAGCGGUUGAAACGUAUGGGAGUGUGGUAGACGGCAGUUGAAAGCUGAAGUAUUUAGAUUCGUUUCCAAUCUAUAAACACGGAGUCAAAAGAGUUCGACUCAUCAAAGAAAUGAUUUGAUCAUUGAAAGAAGCAGAGAAGAAAGAAAAAAUGAAAGACAAGGAAAGAGAGAUACAAGCCCAUAGAGGGUACCAUCUGUAGAGAAUUCUUUGCCGUUGAAAGACUUGAGAGGAAUGGAUCUCAGAAGAUCGAUAUUUGGGUUCUCCAUUUUGGUUUUCUUUUUGGUUUGCCAUGUAUCUGCCAGCGUGGUAUUGAAUGUGGUAAAUAAGUUUGCUGGGCGGCAGCAUGGGUCUCUGAGUGCCAUGAAAGAACAUGAUAGUCGCCGUCACCGUCGGAUGCUGUAUAACAUUGAUCUCCCCUUGGGUGGAAAUGGACUUGCAAAUUCUUCUGGGCUUUAUUUUACACAACUUGGAAUCGGCUCUCCUACAAAGACAUACUAUGUUCAAGUUGACACAGGAAGUGACAUUUUAUGGGUGAAUUGCGUCGGAUGUACUAAUUGUCCAACGAAAAGCGAUCUUGGUGUCGAUCUUCAGCUGUACGAUCCAAAUGCCUCGAAUACUGCACAAAUAGUUAGUUGUGACCAAGAGUUCUGCGCUGUUGCGUCUGGAGGCCCCAUUCCUGGUUGCACCUCUAAUUCAUCCUACUGUGGAUAUAAUGUCGUGUAUGGAGACGGGAGUUCAACUUCUGGAUACUAUGUGAAUGAUGUUGUACAAUUUAAUGAAGUUAGUGGAAACCUCCAAACUUCACCAACAAAUUCAAGCAUUAUAUUUGGGUGUGGUGCUAAACAAUCUGGUGAUCUAGGUUCAUCUAAUGGAGCUCUUGAUGGCAUACUUGGUUUUGGACAGUCAAAUUCGUCCAUCAUUUCACAACUGGCUUCAUCUGGAAAAGUAAACAAGAUUUUUUCUCACUGCUUUGGUGGUGCUAAUGGAGGUGGAAUCUUCGGUAUUGGAGAAGUGGUACAACCGAAAGUAAAGACAACUCCAUUGGUACAGAAUCAACCACACUACAAUGUCAAUAUGGAGUCAGUGGAGGUCGGUGGUACUAUUCUCCAACUUCCCACUGAUGCAUUGGAUACUGGGAACCAGAAAGGGACUAUAAUUGACAGUGGUACGACCUUGGCUUAUCUUGCAGAAGUGAUUUAUGAACCUAUGAUGAAUGCGAUAAUGGCUCAAAACCCCAAUUUGACAUUGCAUACUGUUGAGGAUCAAUUCUCAUGCUUUCAGUAUCCUGACAGUGUGGAUAAGGGAUUUCCAACUGUCACUUUCAAUUUUCAAAAUUCACUCGCUUUGGUGGUUUAUCCUCAUGAUUAUCUAUUCCAGCUCCAAGGAGAUAUGUGGUGCAUUGGUUGGCAAAAUAGUGGAAAUCAGUCCAGAGAGGCAAGGGAUUUGAACCUCUUGGGAGAUUUAGUCUUAUCAAAUAAGCUUGUUAUAUAUGAUCUUGAAAGUCAAACCAUUGGGUGGACUGAGUACAACUGUUCUUCCAGCAUUAAAAUGCAUAAUGAUCAGUCUCGAGCUUCAUUUCAAGUAGGUUACCAUCAUAUUUCAUCUGCUUGGAGUCUUGAUAUGGGAAGGUUUAUACCCUUCUUGUUACUAACGGUCAUGCUGCAUAAUUUAAGUGAAUUUUUUGUUCUAAUGGGUUGUUUGAGUUCCAUUGAUUUUGUUGUAUCAUAAUUUUUUUUUAUUCAAAUGUGCAAUUGAUAGUUGAUACUAUUUAUACAUCCCCCAAUAUUUUUCAGUGUACAUUUUUCAGAGACAGGACAUAUGUCUAUCCCUGUGCAUA